AUGGUACAUGUAUUAUUAGGUUAUUUAGAUGAAAAGAAAAAAAGGAAGAAUGAAUUAAGAGAUAAGCAUAAAAUUAAUAAAAAGUUUGUUUCAAAAAUUGGUGGUAAACCUUUUUGGUUGGAUAGAAUUAAUUUGCCAGAUGAGAAAGAAUUUAAUUGUUCAGUAUGUAAUAAUAUGAUGGUAUUUUUAUUACAGAUUUAUGCUCCUUUAGAUGAAUUAGGGAAUUGUUUUCAUAGAUGUUUAUAUGUAUUCAUAUGUAUACAUUGUGGUGAUCAAGCGAAAUGUUUUAGAACCCAGUUACCAAGGAAUAAUCCAUUUUAUAAUUAUUAUUUACAAGAUUCAAAUUAUAUGGAUGACCCAUCAAAUGAAAAUGACGAAUUGAUACCUUCUGAUGAUACAAAUAAUUUAAAUACUGAAUCGGAUGACACAGAUAAUGAGAUGAAUAAUAAUGAGAUGAAUAAUAAUGAGAUGAAUAAUAAUGAGAUGAGUGAUAAUAAGAUGAAUAAUAAUGAGAUGAAUAACAAUAAGAUGAAUAAUAAUAAGAUGAAUAAUAAUAAGAUGAAUAAUAAUAAGAUGAAUAAUAAUGAAGACAAUAUAAAAAAUUCAACAUCCACAAAUAAUAAUUAUAAUAAUAAUGAUGAUGUGGUAAAUAAAAAUAUUGAUAAUGCACAUCUGACAGAUAUGAAUAGCAGUGUAAUUUUUAGUAGUAAUGAAACCUUUAAUGUUAUAGAAACCCUGAAUAGUAAUAAUCAUUCUAAUAGUUUUGAACCCACAGGAAAUAAUUUAAACGAAUCAGAAGAGACAUCAAAUAAUAUAAACGAAUCAGACGAUACUACGAAUCAAAUAAAUGAAUCUGAUCAUACAACAAAUCCAUUCAACGAAUCUGACGAUACAAAUAAUGAACAGAGGCCAGUAGAAAAAAGAGAAAAAGAAAUAAAUCUAUAUAUAAAUAAUAAUGAUAAUAAGAAGGAUCAUGUUGUAAAUAAUAUUAUUAUGAAUGUGAAGGAGGAUGAAGAAGAAAAGAAGGAAAACAAUUUUAACAUAUCUUGUAUGAAAAAAAUAGAAAAUCAAAAUUGUAAUAAUAAUAAUAUUAUAGAUAAUAAUAAUAUAUAUCAUAAUAAUAGUAAUAAUUUUAUUGUAAGUGCUGAUAUGAAAAAGAAAGAUUGUCUUUUAGUAACAGAUUAUUAUAUGACAUUAAUAAAAAAAGAUAAAAAUAUUUUUGAUAAAUCCUUAGAAUAUUAUUUUUGUUGUAAUAUAUGUGGAAUUCCUUGUAUAAAUAAAAAUAAAAAACAUAAACGUUGUAAACUUAAGAAGCAUAUAAUAUUUCAAGAACAUAAAAUAUAUAUUAGUGAUGAGGAUGAUUGUGAAAGUAGUAGUACAGGGAGCGAAAUGUUUUCAGAUAUUUAUGGAGCAGAUUCAAAUGAUGAACAUGCUAAUAAUAAAGGUGGGACCUAUGUUCUUCAAAUGAAUAGAAAAGAAAAUGAUAAUUCUAGGAUGACAAAUGUAAAUGUUUUAUAUAAUGAAAAUUUACAUACAAUUAAUAAUGAUGAAUAUACUACGAAUAAUGUGUCGUUAGAGCAUGCAUCUGAAAUGUAUGAAAGUGGAGAUACAAACAAAACGGACCAUAUGAAUAAUAACAUCAAAGGGAAUAACAAUGUUAAUAAUAACAUCAAAGGGAAUAAUAAUGUGAAUAAUAACAUCAAAGAGAAUAACAAUGUUAAUAAUAACAUCAAGGAGAAUAACAAUGUGAAUAAUAAAAAUAUUAACAACAAUAACAUUAAUAUUGUCGAUUAUAAUAAAAUAAAUAUUUAUAGUAACACUAAUUAUUCAUUUAAUGAGAAAGAACAAAAUAAAGAAGAUGCAGAAGAAAUAGAUUUAGACAUGAGCGAAAUGAAAGCCUUUGAACAAAUACAAAGAGAUAUUGAGAAUACAAGAAAUAUUGAUAAGGUUUUUAAAAAUUAUAUAAAAAAAAUUCAAAGAUUUCCAAGCCAAUUUAUAAGAUAUUCAUAUAAUGGUACGGCUUUAUAUUCAUCAUGUGAUAUAUUUAAUAGUAAUAGAAAUAAUGUAUCAGAGUUACCAAUUACAAAUAAUAAUGGUCAUAAUAAUAUGAAUCAUAUUUAUAAUCCAUUUAAUAGUAAUAAUGUUCCUCGUUGUCAUAUAUGUAAGAGAAGAAAAGUAUUUGAAUUUCAAGUUCUAUCCACCAUUAUUAAUUUUUUAACAAUAAAAAAAAAUAUACAAGUUGAUAAUAAUAUAGCCUUAAAUUCAAAGUUUGCUUACCUUGCCAUAUAUACAUGUGAGAAUAAUUGCGACAUAUUCGAUAUAAACAAUUUUAAAGAAUCACAAAGAAGACACUACAGAAGUAGAUAUAUUCAAGAGUAUGUCUAUGUGCAAGUUGAGAAUUAA